GCAGCAGCGACAUGGCUGUGGCGGCGGCGCCGUUCGUCCGCGCGUUUCUCGUCAGUUAAAUCGCGAUCGUCGUUGCGUGAUCAUUCGUUAACACAUUGCACUUCAUAUACUCCGGUACGCGGAUCGACCUACGUAUGAAAAUAAAUCUCGUCGAGAUAAACAAGCUUAAACAAUUGCGCGGUGUGUAACGUCUGUGAACAAGCAAAGAAGAAAAAAUAACUUUAUAGUGAUACUCGCGCCAUAUCAAAGGCAUUAUCAUCUUGAAUGAUGAUGGAGCGAUUGAUGCUGUUAGCCUUUCUAGCCACAGUAGCGUUAUGCCACGAGCCGUUUCAAGUGAUCUUUGAAUGGAAGUCAAUUAACUUCCAAUGGCCAUCAGAAGAAAAAGAGCAAAUUGCUAUAAGGCGUGGCGAUUAUAUACCGGCGAAUAACUUCAUAACCACUGUAAAAUUUUGGAAGGAUAAAAUGUAUCUAACGUUACCGCGAUGGAAAGACGGCGUGCCAGUGACGCUAGCCGUUACAUCGUCAAAACCGAUCAACGGCAUAACAGCGCCUAAAUUGGAGGCCUUCCCCAAUUGGGACAUGCAGAAACUGGGUAAUUGUGCAGCAUUCCAACUAGUGCACAGCAUAGAGAUUGAUCCUAAGGGUCGCAUGUGGGUGCUCGAUACUGGUCGGCCUCUCAGGGAUCCAUCUCUCAGGGAAUUCAAAACCGAAUGCUCGCCACGCUUGGUUAUUCUUGAUCUCAAUGACAACAGCAAGAUUCUUCGUACUUAUGAAUUCCCUGAGCACGUAACUAGUCGCACAGAUGCGUAUCUCAAUGACAUUGUUCUCGAUCAUGAGGACGGUGGUAUGGCAUAUAUCACUGACACUAGCAAUACCGAUCCCGGCAUCAUUGUGUACUCCUUAAGGGAUAACAAUUCCUGGAAAGUCCGACACAACUCUAUGAGAGCGAAGUCAGAUGCAGUUGGAUUCAUGGUAGCAAAGACGCAUGUGAUUAAUCCAGUGCACGUGGAUGGCAUAGCGCUUUCACCAGCGAGCAGUCGCGACAGGCAAGUCUAUUAUUCGCCUUUGUCUUCUUUCAAUCUAUAUUCAGUUCCGGUGUCCGCUCUGAAGAACAACGCGACGAAUAUCGAUCAAUACGUGAAGGAAGUUGGACGGAAAACUUCACAGACGGAUGGCAUGGCGAUGUCGUCGACUGGUGUGCUUUACUUUGGUCUACUAGCUGACGACGCCAUCGCUAUGUGGGAUACCAAGAAUACAGUAUCCUUUACCAACGGUCAACGAAUCAUAUCGCGCGAUCAUGUACUGACACAGUGGCCCGACAGCUUCGCUUUUGAUGAGGACGGCAAUGUUUGGUGCGUUACCAAUAUGUUGCAAAACUUUUUAAACAGUCGCGUUGAUGUCAACGUACCCAACUAUCGUCUCAUUCGAUCACGCGUAAGUGUUAGGAGUUACCAAUAUUACGAGAACGGCACGGCGCCUGAAUUACCUGAAUUUACCGCUGGUGCUGAUUCCGUCAGAAUUGCAUUCGCCGCCCUGUUAUCUAUCAUUUUGAUACUUAUCGUGAAAUAACCGCUUUAUAGCAAAAUCCUACUAAAGUUAUGAACGUUGUGUACAUGAAGAAUUUACGAAUUCACAUUAAAACAAUCGAUCACAUUACAACUCUAUUUUCAAUAGAGUUUACAUAAAAUAAAAUUAAUUAAUUUGGCCUUAUUCGGUUCAGGUUACAUUGUAACACACAAUCGAAACUGUUACUCUCAAAAACAUUAGAAAGUAUAAACUGAAAUUAGAACUAAAUGUGGUAUUCAGCAUCAAAAUUUCUUUUUUCUUUUUGAAAAGAUAAUAGACUAAAACCCGUCUUUAAAUGUUACAGAUAUUGAUAGAUUAUUUAUUAGCAUUUUUAUAAUUUGUAUUAUAACUUUCUUUUGUUUUAAAUAAGACUUUUUAAAUAAUUUUAUUAAACUUUUGAACAAUAGAUUUAACUCAUUUCUCAUAAUUAAUUCUGUUAAAGUAACAGAUGUUUCUAAAUAAAAAUAAUAUUUUUAUCAAUAAAAGCGCUUUUAAUCAUA